AUGUCAACUAAUGUUCUAUCUCUCUCCUAUGUGAGAGUAAUCUCUCUCCUCUUUGAGAUCACAACCUCAGAGUCACAUCCAUGCCUUUGUCCCACCCUAGCUAUUGAGUGUUCCAUCGAUCAACUUCUCCUCCCUUAUGCUGUCCUCUCAAGACUGAUGUUUAUGAAUGGAUGUUUGCUUUGGCUUCUUCCGGAUUCUCAUCGAUUGGUCUCUUUGGGUGUCUUCACAAACUCUUGUUCUAGUGGUUGUCAUCGUGGACCUCAUCUUGGCGCGAUCUUAGGCAACAGUAACAGCGAUGACUCAUAG